AUGGAGACUGGGAUGUUCAAAAAGACAGACUCGCGGGGCACGCACUCAUCUACCACGGCAUCAGAUGACCCUGAAAAACAGACCGAGCCGCUGCUCCCGCGCGACCUGCCGCGCACGGAUGGCGCCUCCUCUGGGGGCGGCACCGGCGCGCUGGUCGACGCGGGCGGCCCACGGGGCGUGCCGCAGUGGGUGCUCACCGUGUCGUACGGCCUCACCAACCUCAGCAGCGUUGUGAUGAUUGUUGUGGCCAACAAGAUGGUGCUCUACACCUGCAAGUUCAGCUUCGUUGUCACCCUCACGCUGCUGCACUCGGUCUUCACAUACGUGGGGAUGGGCUUGAUGGCGAUGCUGGGGCUGUUUCCAGUGAAGGCCGUCGCAGCGCGGCACAGCGUGCAGAUCGCGGCAGUGUACGUAGGCUUCAUCGUGACCAACAACUUGUCAAGCUUCUACCAGCUCAGCAAGCUGCUGAUCACACCCGUGGUCGUCGCUAUAGAGUGGGUGUUCUACAAGAAGACCGUCAGCAGGAGCGUGAUGGCCGCGAUCGCCAUACUCAUGGUGGGCAUCACGCUGUGCACAGUGACCGACUCCCAGGUCUCGUCAAACCCUGCCGGCAUGGCAGCGGCUGCGGCGGCGGUGAUCGUUGCGUCGCUGUACCAGGUCUGGGCGGGCACCAAGCAGAAGGAGCUGGGCCUCAACGGCAUGCAGCUGCUGCAGCAGGUCUCGCCCUAUUCCGUGCUGCUGCUCCUGGUGCUGGUGCCAGUGGUGGAGCCCGUCGGGUGGUACGACCCCAAACAGGGCACCAUUCUGGGGUACGUCUUCACACCGGCCGCGGUCGCCUGGAUCGCCGCCAGCUCAGCACUCGGGCUGGUCGUCACCCUGUCGACGUUCCUGUUCAUCGGCGCCACCAGCAGCCUCACGUACAACGUGGUCGGGCACCUGAAGACGCUGCUGAUCGUGGCCGCGGGCGUCCUGUUCUUUGGGGAGGAGCUCGGGCUGAAGAAAGGGGUCGGGCUGGCGACGGCGCUGGGGGGCAUAGGCUGGUACAGCCACAUCAGGAUUCUGGAGGCUCAGAAGCCGGCGCCAAGCGGCAGCAAGGCAUAG